GACCAGUGUCCUGGGCCUUUAAGAAUUGGGUGGGCUGGACUGAGGACAGAGCUCACACUUCUCCCCACCCCACUCCUUCCUCUGGCUGUGACUCUGGCGGUCACAGCAGCAAACUGCAGUAGAAGAGGGGAGGAAACCAGCGAGUGCAAGAGGAGCAAAGGAGAAGAGGAGCCGGCAGGGUUUCCUCAUCCCACGGUGGAGAGCAUCGCAGAACUCACAGGCACAGGACUGCUAUCCUGCACACGGUGACUCUGGCGCCAGCUGGUGGAGUAGUGGGUGAUGGCAUUCCUGCUGCAAGGCCGGCUGCCUGUCAAUGAGGAUGUGCUGCUGAUGCAGAAAGGCACGCUGAUGCGCAAAGUGCGAUCCAAAAGCUGGAAGAAGCUAAGAUACUUCAGACUUCAGGAAGACGGCAUGACAGUCUGGCAUGCCCGGCAGGCUGGAGGCAGAGCCAAAGCCAGCUUCUCAAUCUCUGAUGUGGAGACAGUGCGUAAGGGCCAUGAGUCUGAGCUGUUGCGCAGCCUGGCAGAGGAGUUCCCCCUGGAGCAGGGCUUCACCAUCGUCUUCCAUGGCCGCCGUGCCAACCUGGACCUGGUGGCCAACAGUGCUGAGGAGGCCCAAAUCUGGAUGCAGGGGCUCCAGCUAUUGGUGGACUUUGUCACCAGCAUGGACCAACAGGAGCGGCUGGAUCAAUGGCUGAGCGACUGGUUCCAGCGUGGAGACAAGAACCAGGAUGGUCGGAUGAGUUUCCAAGAAGUCCAGCGGUUACUACACCUGAUGAAUGUGGAAAUGGAACCCGAAUACGCCUUUCAGCUCUUCCAGGCAGCAGACGCAUCCCAAUCUGACACUCUGGAGGGAGAAGAAUUUAUAGAGUUCUAUAAGGCACUGACUAAGCGUGCUGAGGUCCAGGAACUGUUUGAAAACUUUUCAGCUGAUGGGCAGAAGCUGACCCUGUUGGAAUUUGUGGAUUUCCUCCGAGAGGAGCAGAAGGAAGGAGACCACGCUUCUGACCUUGCCCUGGAACUCAUCGACCGCUAUGAGCCUUCAGAUAGUGGCAAGCUGCGGCAUGUGCUGAGCAUGGAUGGCUUCCUCAGCUACCUCUGCUCGAAGGACGGAGACAUCUUCAACCCAUCCUGCCUCCCCAUAUACCAGGAUAUGACUCAGCCCCUGAGCCACUACUACAUCAACUCCUCUCACAACACCUACCUGGUGGGGGACCAGAUUUGUGGCCAGAGCAGCGUCGAGGGAUAUAUACGGGCCCUCAAGAGGGGGUGCCGCUGUGUAGAGGUGGAUAUAUGGGAUGGACCUAGCGGGGAACCUGUUGUUUACCACGGACACACCCUGACCUCCCGUAUCCUGUUCAAAGAAGUUGUGGCCACUGUAGCACAGUAUGCCUUCCAGACAUCAGACUAUCCAGUCAUCUUGUCCCUGGAGAACCACUGCAGCUGGGAGCAGCAGGAGCUCAUAGCACACCAUCUGACCAAGAUCCUCGGGGAACAGCUGCUGAGUACCACCUUGGACGGGCUGCUGCCCACUCAGCUGCCCUCGCCUGAGGAGCUUCGGAAGAAGAUCCUGGUGAAGGGGAAGAAGUUACAGACGCUUGAGGAGGACCUUGAAAGAGAGGAAGAGGAGGAAGGGCUAGAAACUGAACUAGAGGGGGAGCAGGAGGCUGAGCUGGAGCUGGAGUUCCAGUUUGAGCCUGAGACCCAGGAGCUGAGCCCUCGCAGUAAGGACAAAAAGGAGAAGAAAUCCAAGCCCAUGUUGUGUCCAUCCCUCUCUGCCUUGGUUGUCUACACAAAGACUGUCCCAUUCCACGGCUUCACUCAUUCGAGGGAGCAUUACCGCUUCUAUGAGUUAUCGUCUUUCUCUGAAACGAAGGCCAAGAGCCUCAUCAAGGAGGCUGGCAAUGAGUUUGUGCAGCAUAACACCUGGCAGUUAAGCCGUGUGUAUCCCAGUGGUCUGAGGACAGACUCAUCCAACUACAACCCCCAGGAAUUCUGGAAUGCAGGCUGCCAGAUGGUGGCUAUGAAUGUGCAGACUGCGGGGCUUGAGAUGGACAUCUAUGAUGGGCUCUUCCGCCAGAACGGUGGCUGUGGCUACGUGCUGAAGCCAGAUUUCCUACGUGAUACCCAGAGUUCCUUCCACCCUGAGAGGCCCAUCAGCCCUUUCAAAGCCCAGACCCUCCUAAUCCAGGUGAUCAGUGGUCAGCAACUCCCCAAAGAGGACAAGACCAAAGAGGGGUCCAUCGUGGAUCCACUGGUGAGAGUGGAGAUCUUUGGCGUUCGCCCAGACACAAGCCGGCAGGAGACCAGCCACGUGGAGAACAACGGUUUUAAUCCGUACUGGGGCCAAACACUAUGCUUCCGAGUGCUGGUGCCUGAGCUGGCCCUGCUGCGUUUUGUGGUAAUGGAUUACAACUGGAAAUCCCGAAAUGACUUUGUCGGUCAGUACACCCUGCCUUGGACCUGCAUGCAACAAGGUUACCGCCAUAUACACCUGCUCUCCAAGGAUGGCACCAGCCUCCAUCCAGCCUCCAUCUUCGUGCACAUCUGCGUGCAGGAAGAGCUGAGCGAGGCUGAAUCCUAAGGCAGAUCGCAACUACAAAUCCAGAGGGGCUUGGGGCACAGAAACCCAAGAGGUAUUUUCCCCUCCUCCACAACUUCCUCAAAGUCCAGAGUCAAGGAAAGAAUAAACCCAAGCCUCAAGCCUCCCCAUGCAAAGGUUGGGGUAAGAGACCCCAAGACUGUACUAUCGCUCUCAAGAGAACACUGCACAGCCCUUAGGAGUCCACACCGGACCACUUCUUCCUAGCCUCACCAGUGUUAAUAGAGCUGCUCUUCCCAACUUGGCUUGAGUAUGGUCUGUCAUUGUUGGGCAAGAAGGGGAAGAAAGAGGGUU